AUGAACAUAUCGCAUCUACUGCUCUCCAUUCUUUUAUUCUUUAGGAACUAUGUCCUUUGUAAUACAGAAACUUUUCAAAUAAAGCCCACAAGAUACAAUUCCUACAGUGAUAAUGAACUUUUAGAUUUCGAUGGUGCUGCAACCAUUGAUUUCAAUAAUCGAUCACGCAUAACUCAGCUUGAGCUGUUCCAGGUUGAUCACGGCCUGUAUACUACAUCGAUUGAAAUCACAAAUGUCAAGAGAAGUGUGAUGUACUAUUUCAAGAUUUGUUGGAGUGCGAUUAAGCCGGUUGAAUUUACAAAAUUUGAUUGGAAAUUGACUAAGAACAAUUCAUUAAAACUUUACAUUGAAUUCGUUUCAGAUUCGUAUCCUACCGUAGAUGACUAUUCCAUUCCAAUAAACAUAUCCAUAGAAAAGACGCCGAUGCCAACGGAUUUGUUGAUUAUUGUGGGUUAUCUAAUCUCGAUGGUGGCUCUAAUACUCUUCAUAAACUAUAGAUUUAUCAACUUUUAUAAAUUUUUCAUACAUAUCUAA